AAGACGAGCUGCGACCACGGACUGAACCAUCAGAUACAUCUUUAAAAAGUCCAAAAACGCAAUUUUGUUGGACUUUGGGAUGUUUUACAUUACCAGAAUAAUCGAGAGGACUUUAUUUUAGUCGAAGUAAAUAUAAGGACGUGCAGGUUGAUUUGAGGCAGCUUGAAAAAAAAAACUGUUCACUACACACAAAAGAAAAGUGGUUUUUUUAAUGUUUUUUCGCUGAGACAACGGAGGCAAUCUGGACUACUAUUGUGAAACAGGAAUGAUUUAUCCCCCUGAAGGUUUAUUCUACAUCGAGAUGGAUCCAGCGCCACCAGCUCUUCCUCCUAGGUCAACAAAGCCAGCCUCAUCCGCCAUGAACAAUAACUGCCUUUCCCCGCCGACAUAUUCGCUACAGGAUGCCGAAUGGUACUGGGGCGAUAUAACCAGGGACGAAGUGAACGAGAAGCUCCGCGACACACCAGACGGAUCCUUCCUGGUGCGUGACGCAUCCACAAAGCAGCAAGGAGACUUUACGCUGACAUUAAGGAAGGACGGCCACAAUAAACUGAUCAAGAUUUACCACCGAGAUGGGAAAUACGGUUUCUCCGACCCGCUUACGUUCACCUCCGUAGUGGAGCUCAUUUGGCACUAUCAGCACCAUCCGUUGGUGGAGUACAACGCCACACUGGACCUGAUGCUCACACAUCCCUUGUCCCGCUUCCAGCAGGUGAAGGAGAACAGCGUUGAUGUCGCUGGAAGAAAACUCAAAGAGGUCCACUGUCAGUAUCAAGAGAAAUCUAAGGAGUUUGAUCGUCUUUAUGAAUCCUUCACAAAGACAUCACAGGAAAUCCAGAUGAAGCAAACAGCUAUUGAAGCGUUUAACGAGACAAUGAUGAUCUUUGAGGAGCAAUGUCGUGAACAGGAACGCUACGGGGAAGAAUUUGAGAGGAACAAUCAAUCUGACGGAGGUGACCAAGAUCUCGAAAGCUUUUUGAUAAAUUACGAGAAGCUGAAAUGCCGUCUCGGCGAGAUCUACGACAGCAAGAUCCAUCUGGAGGAAGACUUGAGGAGCCAGGUGGAGGACUAUCGAGAGACAGACAGAAAGAUAAACAGUUUGCGGCCAGACCUCAUCCAGCUGCGUAACAUCAGAGACCAGUACCUCAAUUGGCUCAAUCACAAAGGCGUACGACAGAAACGCAUAUAUGACUGGCUGGGGAUACUAAGCGACAGCCUUGACGAUACAUACGUGCUCAAGGGAGAUGAGAAGAAUUUGCCGCAUCAGGACGAGACGAGUUGGUUUGUGGGCGAAAUGAGCAGGACGCAAGCGGAAGAGAUGCUCGAGGGAAAAGCUACCGGGACGUUCCUUAUUCGUGAGAGCAGCAAACAAGGAUGCUACGCCUGCUCUGUUGUCGUAAACGAAGAAGUGAAGCACUGUAUGAUCUACAACACACCACACGGUUACGGCUUCGCCGAGCCCUACGACGUCCACUGCUCACUGAAAGACCUUGUCCUGCACUACCGCCUGCACUCCUUAGUGCAACACAAUGACGCCCUGGAUGUCAGACUGUCGCAUCCGGUACACGCCAAAGCCCCCGCAAUGCCUUCGCAAAACGCAGAGGAGCACAAACUCUUACAGACUCCCAACAAACAGACUGUUCGGCUCCCACCGGCUGCUCCAGAAAUGUAAACCAACUGAGAUUAUACAGAGGACAUGUUUACUGUAUCCUGCGAGAACGACUGCAUCAAAGGUGCAUUUGUUGAAAUGUUGCACUAAAGUGAUUCCAUCAGUUUUUGUGAAUGCAAGUUCACAAAUUGAAGUGGGACCGGAACUUGAAUGUCAGCUUCUAUUGUUUUUGUUUUUGUUUUUUUGCUUUCGAGAGACUGUUAAAUAUUUCCCUGGAAAAGAAAUUGUACUUCAUAUAUUGCUGUUCGUUUUGGCGGGACGUUAUUAAGAUACAUUGACACCCGCUAAAUCGCUCCCAGACAUCAGAUGCUGCAUCUUGGUUGGACUUAAAACAAAUCUGCAAUGCCAGAGAUUUGACCUAAAACUGAAUCAGCUCUGGAAACGGUGAUCCAUAAGUUACAUAAAUAUAUUACAUCACUACUACUCGGUGAGGGGGGGAAAAUGGUGCUGUACACAGGCUGUUUCUAUCGUCCUGGUUUGGUGGACCAAACCAUUUUUCUGGGUAAAUGCCACUUGUGAAUAUGUGAAAAAUUGUGGUGCAUCUUAACAAUUUGCCCCAUUCAUACAGUGGAUAUUAUGUAGCAUUAACAUCCUGUAGUAAACCAUUAUAAAAAAGCAUACUCAAUGUUAUUCCCAUUGACCAAAGCACUUGAUUAGAGAGCAAAAAAGACAUCUCUGUUUUGCCCAGUCAAUGCAUUUGGACAAGCAAAUUAUCUACACCUGCUGAUGUGCUGAUCAAAACAUAAUCUGAAGUACUGUAUGUUAUAUUCUGUUACUCGAAGAAGUAUAAGCUUUUUGUAUUCUAUAUAUAUUUUUUCUAUAAACAUGCCACACGAUGAAAGCUUGAAGAAAGUGCAAUCCAACAGUAUUUCUAUUGUUGCAAUGUGUGAUGGUGGUGUGAAGGUGACGCUGUUAUGAACGGUUGACAUGCGCCACAAAAAAAUGCACUCUUUGGUGGUGUCGGUAAGAUAUGACCUCCGAUGUCGGUGCGAACUGCAAGAGGUCCAGAAGUAUCCUGCCUCCAUUACUUGAAUUGUGGCAUUGCUCGAGCUAUGAAUGUGUUUCACGACAUGCAGCCGGCAUAGCUAGAGGCGUAAGGAAUUGGUGUUGAACUUGGCACAUUUUUUUUUCAAGUUUGUGGACUCUGUACAGAGAACCUAAAAUGUAUUUCUGAGAAUGCUUCUUGGAAUGAGGCUUAUUUAGCCUCAUAGUUUAAAAAAAAAAACAAAAAAAAACCCUCCAUUUGAGUAUGGAGGAAAUGCCUCGGGUAAGGCUGAGCAAUGUGAGAUCCUGACCUUUUUCUUGCUGAAAGACAAUAAACUGAUGAGGGUUUUGUCAUCUUACGC